AUGACGGAUAAUUCAGCGGCCGAGAAAGCAGCCCUUCAAGCUGUUUGGCCCCAAGGGACACAGCUGCUUUGUUUCUUUCACGUUGCACAAGCAGAGUGGAGGUGGCUCACGGCAGCUCACAACAAUGUCGCAAAAGAGCACAGAAGAAGUCUGAUGUCAGCGUUCCGGCAGAUCAUGUAUGCGGACAGCCCUGAAAAGCUGGAGAGCGCUACUAUAAAACUACGAGAAAGCUCCCAAACAUCUUAUUUUUCACGUGUGGAAGCCUUUUUAAACCGGAAAGAAGAGUGGGUCCUUAUGUUUCGUAACAAGGUGAUAACGCGUGGCCACAACACGAAUAAUUUUGCGGAGGCGUCCAUUCGUAUCCUCAAGGACAUUGUACUUUCCCGCACGAAAGCCUUCAACGCUGUUGCUCUAGUGGAGUCCAUAGCAGAAGUGUGGGAGCUCUACUUCAAGAGCAGGAUAUUGAAGCACGCACAUAACCGUGUCCCCACACACCAUCUGCUCUAUGACAGUCUCUUAAAGAAGGCACCAGAAGGAGUUGAAUCAUCAGUUAUUUCACUUGGGGACAACUGCUUUUCUGUACCAAGUUUUGGAGAGAAUGGCGAAGUGUAUGAUGUGUGUGGAGACAUAGGCCUGUGUACAUGUCCGGCUGGUUGCACAGGUGCCUUCUGUAAGCACCAGGCACUUGUGCACAAGCACUUUGGCGGCAUUUUCCCCAACUGCCCAGCACUUACAAUAGCUGACCGGCACGAACUGGGAAGGCUUGCGCUUGGAGAUGCGUGCCCAGGCAUUGAAUUUUUUGCCAGCUUCUGUGACCCCAUUGAAGUGCAAAGUGAGCAGCAUGGCCCAGAACUUCAGCAUGAAACUGUCGCUCCUAAUGAAGAUGAAGAGCAACAAGACUACCCAGCUGUUCUUCAACAAGAAGUUUGUCCGUCAGCAUCAGGCCUCGAGCAGCAAGACAGCCAGGAUGUGGACAACAACCUUGAAGUGGAGGAGAUCUCUCAUUGA